AUGGACGCGACGACGACGAUGGACGCGGAGACACUCACCGCGCGCGCGGUGACGAUGACGGCGAAUCGCUCGACGAGGGACGAAGACGUCGAGGCGAUCGUCAGACGCGCGAUGGAACAUCCAGGGGUGAUUCUGUACGGAGACAUUCUUCGAGCGUACGGCGAACGGGCGAACGCUCGAGAGGCGAUGACGAACACCCUGGAAACGUUUGCGCACGGAAACCUUGAAGCGCACGAAUCGAGGGAGCGAGGCUCGGUGUUGGAGCUCACCGAGGGAGAGAGGUUGAAGCUUCGAAGGCUGACGACGUGCUCGAUGUGCGCGACGGGCGACGGAACGAUCGCGUACGAUCGAAUGAUGCGUGAACUCAAGUUUGAGAGCGUGAAAGAGCUGGAGCAGUUUAUUGUCGAUGAGUGUCUUUCGACCGGGAUCGUGCGAGGGAAGCUGGACCCGAAGAAUGGGUGCUUCUUGCCGCAAGGGGCGACGACGCGGGACGUCCCCGCGAGCGCCUUGGACGAGCUUCACUUGGGCGUUUCGCGGUGGCUCGAGAUCUCGGAAUCAAUGUUGGUGAGUCUGAAUGAGCGCGUGACGUACAUCAAGAAUGAGAGCGCAAAGUUGGCCAACCGAGAGGACGAAGUCAGUGCCUCGAUUGAGGAGACAAAGAAGGCGUUAAAGGCGGAGCAAGACACGAACGCUCAGGGCGACACGAGCACAAUCGAUAUGGACGACGACGGGCAGGAAGGACCGAGCACGGGCGUGAAACGAAGACGAUGA